UUCCAUACCGACAAUGGACAGAUAACAGCGAAGCAAUUGCGCGUUAUGCGUACCGGCUGCAUUUGACAUUUCCAGCUCAAUCAGGUACAGACAAGAGUGCGAAGAAUGGAUUCUUGCGAAAAUUUCAUACAAACACUUCAACAGGCUAUCUCUGGCAGAGAUUACGUUGCUUUGACGAGCAUUUUGAAGAGUGGUCAGGGAUUCCUUGCGAUUAUUUCGAUUGAACGUCGUGAACCAGUUGUAUACGCAGUAUUUGAUGGAGGAAGUAGCUUGUUGUGUUUCCUCAAUAAUGAAUUUGGAAACCUUAAAAGAAAUAGGACUGUUGAUAAUGCAUUCACAGAAGCAUUUAAUUUCCUUAAAUUUUUUAUUGAAAAUUUUUAUACGACUGAGUGUUUUGCAAAAUACAUCUUUCAAAUUAAGAAAGUGUGUCAGUCAGCGAUAAUUAAAAAAUGUUCCUAUUAUACCCAGAACUCUGCUUGUAAUGCUUUUACAAAAUUGAUAGAAUUAUUUAGAGAUCAUGAGGAACUCACUAAUACAUUAACAGACUUUGUUAAGCCAGACAACUUGGUAGCAUUUAAAGCAUACGAAAUUAAAGAAAGAAGAUUGAUAUUCCGAAUCUUUGGUAAAAUAAUUAAGUACAAAGGAAAUGUAUGUCCAUCACGGAUAUAUUUGAAGUCUAUUUUUCAACAACUGCUUUCUGAUGUUGAAGUGCAUCAAUUAAAUGAUUUGCCCAAUGAUUUCCAUACAUACUUCGAUGUUUUCGCGGAUAUAUUAGAGAGUGUUGAACCGCCGGAGGAAAUCAAAAAUAGACAUUUCUGCAAAUUUUAUGAAUGGAUUAAGAAUAUCAGUCAUUUGGAUAGAGAACAACCCAUUGUAUUGAGAUCGGCAAUCAAUCUCUUGAGCCGUCAUAUGAAAUUGUUUCAAGAUUAUUUGUAUCCCGAUUGCCAAUAUUGGCAUAAUUUUCUUCGGCACUUAUCGCGCAAGACAACCACUUCUGGUACCUGUGGACAGAAUGCAUUGAAAACAUUUUAUCAAAUUAUUGGACACAUUCUUUCAGAAAGAAAUAACACAGAUACGCAAAAGUUACUAGUGUAUUUCCUUGAAGACUUUCAAAAAGAAUUCAAAAAUAUUGACUUAGAGCUGACUACCUUGCAAUUAGUUAUUUAUGGAUUCAGUAAAAUGGCUGCGCCGGUCAAAUUGCAUAUGGAUCAAUUCGAUAUCAAACAGAUGUAUUCGAUUAUAACCAGUUAUGCACUUCCUCUUUGCUCUAGUGAACAGAGUAAUUCAACACACAUAGAAAGCAUUUGCUGUUAUCAAGAAGCGCUUUCGGAAAUACUGUGUCACAUGACUGAUGUUACGUUUGAAAAGAUUAAUGUUCUUAUAAAACUCAGUACCUAUAUAAUCAAGAGGUUUCCCGACUUAAUAAUAUCUAAAAAUGCGGUCGCCGUUUCAGCUUUAAUUAAAACUAUGAAAAAACUUGGAACCAUCAAUAAAAGCUUGUUACAGCAAUAUCUUGAUAAUAUAAUUUACGACGGCAUCGCUUGGAGCUGUUCGCACACGUUGGCGCUCGACGCAGUAUUACAACAGGAACAGAACAACUUAGAGCAGUCGCUGAUAUGCUACAAGAAUUAUCUGCCAUUAUGGACAGAGCUGCUGAAUGUCAAGAGAGAUCUCAUUCGUGGAUGCGAGCAAAUGGCGCAACAUGUGGCAAAUACCCUGAUGAACGUAUGUAUCAUCCUAAUUGACCGAUUGGAUAUACGCAUAAAACGAAAAAACGAGAACACCGUGUACUCAGACGUGGCUCUUACUCAGAGUGCUUUGAACCAGGCAGAUUUUCGUGUAUUUAUAAAUCUCGUGGAUCUUUAUGUCGAUGUGAUCGAUGUGUCGGAACCAUCGCUAUUCAACAUCAAUACCGUGUGCAAAUUUCUCUAUGAAAUUAUUAGACUAUCAUAUAGGUAUCCGUUGAUAUCUGGGUUUUACAAGCUUGUUCGAACCGGUAUGAGGAUCUUUGUCACUUACGCAUCAGAAGAAGAAGAAGAAGAGGAUAUUGGAGAAUCGCAACAGAUGAAAGAACUUUUAUCCAAUUAUCUAAUACGUACUCUUGAUUUAAUUCCCACGUUUUCUAAUGAACUGCUAAUCACGUGUCUUUACUUGAUCUUGGAUACGCCUCACACGUAUUUCAAGGAUGCACUACCAUGCACGCUGCCGGUAUUUAAAAUUGCGUUUACUGUCGGUCUGAGCAAUCUGGAGCUCGCAUACAACACGCUUACUACCCUGGAAACGUGGACUGAGCAAGAACGAAAGCAGGAGCGAACAAACGAAUUACUGCGCGAAGUUGUAGCUUACUUGGAGCCAUAUUUGCGCAGCACGGAGAGUUCCGUCGAAGUCUCUCAGGAUUUGACGGUAACGAGAACGAGAAGUCGUGUAAAACGCGUCGAGGUUAUUGAUACUGAAUGUAUGCUACGAAACUUCCAACGACGAGUUCUACUGUUCCUCGGAUCGCUCGACCACGACUUGCUGUCAAGUUUCGUACACGAUCGCGCUUCCCGGAGCACUGGGGCGUCCUGGGAUCGCAAGAAUCUGAUCAAAUACACUUUACCGCUGCCGGAUGCGCGACCGGACAUCCAUUUCGAUCGAAUGUUGCCACGGAUAAUCGCGUUGGCACGCGAAUCCAGCGAUCGACGCACCAAGAUCGCGGCCUGUGAAGUUUUGCAUUCGAUAGUGACACUCAUCAUCGGUUCCACUGCGCGAUAUCUGUCUGAUUCGGAGAAUCGUCUCACCGCUCUCUAUGGCACUCUAUGUCCGGUCAUGCUUGUGCUUGGCUGCGAUUCCGACGAAGUCGUUUGCGGUCUCUUUCAGCCAUUGACAUUGCAACUGAUGCGCUGGCUUAGCUCUAAGUUCGUGCUAUCGUCGUCCGUGAUCUCGCCCAUUCUCGAUUCGCUAUUCGACAGCUUAACCGAUGAUUCGAAUUCUGCAUUGCGAGAGUUCUCCGGCAUGUGUCUGGCGGAAUUCACACAUUGGUCGCUCAACCAACCAGAUGAAACACAAGAGAAGUUCCAGAACAUGUACCGGAUCAUUCGAAGGAUCAACGAGUUUGCACUGCAUCCAUCGAAGCGUAAACGCGUAGCCGCGGCCGUGGCCUUCAAUCAUCUCUACGCGAUCCUGCGCGAGGACAACGAUACUAUUUCGAUCUAUUGGCUAGAAAUAUUCUACUGUUUCGUUUGCAGUUUAAAUGACGAAUGCGAUGACCCAUCGAUCGCGAAUGCGCUAGCUCACGUUGAAAAAGUGAUGAGGUUGAGGGCGAAACUUCUAAACACAGCUGAUCCACUCAAUAGGAGGAAGCCGCACGAAUUUGAGAGCGCGACCUUGACUCAUGCUCUUUACUGGUUGCUGUCGCGGUGUGGAACACUGGACGAACGUUGCCGAGCGAAAUGCAUGGAAUUGUAUGUUAACAUAUCGCAAUAUGUUGAUAGUUAUCCGCAGGAAACGAUACAGAAGUUUGUCGAGACUCACGGGAUGAAUCGAUUAAACGAUAUCGUUCUGAGAGGCUUGGAGUCGGGUCUAAAAGACAUUUCUAUCAUCGAUAAUGUGAUGCCGCUCUUGAAGGCUCUAGAUUGCUACAUUUGGUUGAUGGAAAACCAAUUGCUGUCGAUAGAAACUCUCUUUCCUGCUACUGAUGAUGCACGAGAACACACAAUCUUCUCCUGCAUUCGCAGUUUUACUCGUCAGUUCUGGCGAAUAACGACCGAGGAUUUUGUGGCAGAGACGUUUGCGAUAAACUCCAGGGAGCACGAACAGCUGCAGACAUUACAAUGCAAAACUUUGAUGGCUAUGUUGAAUUUUAUACAAAUGCUGCUGAAUAUUAACGUUAAUGUAUUACCGGAAUCUUUGUGGGACGAAUCCUUGUCUGCGUUAACGAUCAAGUGCAUAAUGUUUCCGCGAGCGGUCGGCUUCAACGUCAGAAACAUCGAAAUGGCAGACAAGAUGCCAGAUGUCCUGGAAAUUCUAUUGAACACUAUGAAAUCGCGGUUUACCUAUGGUUUACCAAACACCUUUAAGAAUUGUCUCUUAAAUUUCAGCCGAAAUUACGUCGCGAGACUUUUAAAUUUGAACGACGUCGCGCAAAACAAUCUCAGCGACGAUCUGGUUCAACAUAUUAAAGGUCUGAUUCUCCUCCAACGAUGCAACAUGCUCGACCCAAUGAUCCUAGAAAGAAGCGCCUUUGCAAAUGGCGAAAGAACGGUCGAGUGUAUCUUCAAGUUUCUGGUGAACGAACGCAUCGGAGAAUGGAUUUGCAGCAACUUGAACGCACGGAUGGUCGAGUAUUUGAGAACUCUGAUGGAAUUUCAAUUCUCGCUGUUUUCAUUGACAAUUGAGGCACCGAUAAUGGUGAUACCCAACGAUGUUCGCUCGAUAACUGAGACGCUGGUGAAAUUCAUAUCUAACGAUACCCUGAUCAUCGGCGCAGAUUCCGCGCAGAUCACUCAUGGCGAGUACUUUCUGAAUAUGUUUAAGAACGUGAUUUUCAGAUUCAUGUUGACGCACGUUGGCGCAAUCACGCUCGUUUUUGAUGAGAUGUCGCGCAACAAUCCAUCCUUUUUGCUCAAGUGGCUCGAGGAUCUGGUGUUGUACCUGAAACAGCACAAACGCGAAUUGCAGGCUCACGUAGAUGCGACAGUGGACGCGAUGCUGCGGCACUUCUUGUGUCUGAAGACCGCCUCCUGUAACGAUAACAGUGGUAGAGAGAGACUGAUGAAUAUUUACGGUAUCGUGGUGCGUCUCAGUUCGGAGCCCGUAAAGAUCACACAAGAUUCCCCGUUUUCCGAGCUCCAUGCGUGGAUUAUGAACCAGUUGAAUGGUUGUGAUCUCGAGUAUAAAAUACAGAUUCUGCAAAAGUUUUUCAUUUGCCUGACGGACGCGACGAUUGAUUACGGCGAUAACGAACAUUCUGAAUUGCAAAGGAUCCUGGAUUCUCUCAACGCAGAAAAAAAAAUAUUUUGUCCGAAUUUGUCCGAAACAAGCGUGAACGCCAUGAAGGUAAUCAACUGUUUUGAAAUACUGCUGAUGCUGGUUUCAACAACGAGGUCAAAAAUCAUGCUGAAGUGCGUGAUACACUUCGCAGCCGGUACCAGCGAUCAUCUAUUCCAGAAUGAGAAGAUAGAAGAACAUCUGCGCGAAUGUUAUCGCGAAGCGUCCAGCGAACAUGCCCUACGAUUAUUAAAGAUGACGUACGAAGUGUUUAUGGAUCGCUACAAAAAUCUCUCAGAAACUGAGAGACUCGACGUGUUGCGCGGAUUUCUCUUGCCAACAUUCCAAGUUUGCAAAACGAUCGCGAUCGAGCGUUUCUUCGAGCAAAACAUUCCCGAGUUGUACGAUCUUGCUUAUCCGCGCCCUAUUGACGACAAACGGAACAUCGUGUCCAAGAUCGGAUGCUUUGAAAUAAUAACGACCAUGAUUGCCACAGUAGAUAUGAGCAAAAUAGUCGGUGAAAAUGCACCAAUCGCGCUGAACGUUCUGCUUCAACUCAACACCGGCAAGGAAUUCAUUCAAAAAUUGCACAAACGCGCCAAUAAAACGCGGGCUUUGAAGAUUGCUCCAUGCGAUGCAGAAUGCAAAGAGCUCAUGCGUUUAUUACACUGCUCCGCGUACAACUGCGAACUGGCCAUCGUCAGCUUGAACGAAGACGAAUAUUAUUACAAGUUCGCUUUCGGCGAGAAUCACUUCCCCAAUCUCCUCAUCUGGGAAAAUAUCAUAGAUCGCUCCAAGUGUUACAACCUCCGUCAGACCUUCAAGAAAUACCCAAAGACCCGCGAGGUCGCCGUUAAUAUGAAAUCCACGGCUUUCAAUACAGACGGACUACAACACAGAUACAUGUAUAGCUACGAUCUGUCAGCCUCCACGUUAUGUGAGGACAUCAACGCUUAUGAUUUUAAUAGAUCGGUCCUGCUGCCAUUGAAUCGUGAUCGGUCUGUUUCGGCGAGAACUCUAAGCGUCGUCCUGGAAAGCGACGAUUUUAACAAACACGAAUGCAUGCCAUAUAUAUGUGUCUUAUUACGACGUAUCAGGGAAAUCUGCGUGUCGACCAAGGAGCUUCCCGAGUGGCUGCGACUUUUCCUCAAUGCUCUCAGAUAUAAUCAGCCAAAUAUCACGUUGUUUGUGCUGAGGAUCAUCUGGAACAUGGUCGAUGUGUUUAAGCCUUACGCCAAGUUUAUGCUGACACCGAUCGUCGAAGCUGUCGUCGGGUACCUGGGACUGCAUAAUAAUAAAUUGAAUUAUAUCAUUACGGAUAUUUUGGAAAUGCUUAUGGAUUGGCACGAUGUGGCCGUGCCGAGUGACGAGAACGACAGAAAGCAAGCUCAGGAACUUUUCGAGGAGUUCCUCAAGAAAGCAUUGGAACAUUGGAGCAUGAUGGAAACACCUAACGAACAACGAACAUCUCAUGAACGACAAAUAUCCGAAUAUAAUUUCGGUCUAAUGAGGAUCAUGGUGGACAAGUGGGGUAGCUAUCUACGAGUACCGAAUUCCUUUUUACUGGCCAUAAUGACAUCCGCGCCGAAGGCCGCGGUACAUCUUAUCCUAGUGCUCCUCGAAAAUGAAAACAUAACAGAAGAGAUGAUUGCGAGGGACGACAUUGUCGAAUUUUUGCUGGAACCGUUGCGCAAUUGGAACACACCCGAAACGGACAAAACGCCUUUGCAAUGUAGCAGAGGUCUUGGACUAUAUCUGCAGUCUCUGAAUAAGCGCGUCGAGAUCGAGAGAAAAAUCAAAUACGAUGAAGUAAGUAAUAAAAUCAUUGCUAUUUUACGUUCCACGCAGCCGAAUAUAAUCAAACAGGUAAAGCGCGUCGUUGCUCUCUGUCAAACUUACCCCGAGGUUGCCGACGAUUAUACCUCUGUGAUGCUUAAUGCAAUAGCUAAGAAUGCAGAAACAGCCUCCUGUCUGGAAAUCUUCGCAUCGUCCAUGUCGAAACUUAGCGCCUCGGAUGACAAAUUAGCGAAAUUUCUGAAUAAUCUGCGUCACAUGGAUCUCGAGAAAGUAUUGAAGAAUCAACAGGUAUCUUGCGUGAAGCCAGCACUGGGAAUCGUCGGCAAUUUAGUAACGAUCAUCUCACCCUCGGAUCUGUUGCCUUAUGUAAAAUCGACGAUCCCGUACAUCAAAGAUACAAGUACGGAACAUCGAGAAUUAGCCUAUGAUAUACUUAUGAAGGUUUACGGAAAAUAUUCGGUAGAGACUACGGUGGCGAUCCUCAAUGACGAGGCGAUUCGUCUGUUGUUAUCUAUCAGCGUGGAAAAUCUGCUGACUGGUUUGUUGGAUCCGUCACAUGAGCUACAGGACAGAAUACUGCGAUUCUGGACGGAAGAGACGAGGCUCAGCACGGAGAGAUCGAAAAAUCGAUUGCUGGGACUUCUCACUAUGCACUCGAUGCUUCAGGUAACAACGUCAACAUCUGAGGAGGAUGCGUUCGCGCCUUUCAUGGCGCUGCUGAUGUUGCAACUGGUCACCAAAUCGAUGGAUUACAACAAGAACAUAUUCGACGCGCCGUUAAAUAAUAACUGCAGCUUCGAGAAUUAUAAAGUAGCCGUUUCUUGGCGCAGACGCAACCUAAGCUGCAUGACCCCAAUGUUCGUCGAUUCGCUCGCCUCGCAGAUGAGCUACGGCACCUUUUCUCAAAUAAGCGGCGGUGCCGAUUUACAUGGCACUCGAGUAGAUUCCUAUUCGCAUCUUCUACGAUACUCAGGUAUCCCUCCGAGACUUCGUGCGACGCAGGAUUUGCAAUUCGAGCCGACUCUUGACAACUCUGAAGCUGCGGAUGCGACCUUUGAUGUCGAAUUCGAUCAAGCAUCUACAAUAGCAUCUUCAUCGAGACAGUCGUUGCAAGAUACAACGAUGCGCAGAAGACCUUUUAGGAUUGUAGAGAGCUCAUCGGAUGUCGCAAAUGACAUUCGUCGGAGGCAAAUCCAGAAGAACGUGCAAUGGAGAGAAAAGAUGAAGCAGGAAAGUAUCAGACAAAGAAGCAGCGUGAGAUUGUACAGGGAUUACAGAAUCGGAGAGGUCCCCGAUAUUGAAAUACCUCAUUCAAGUUUGAUUGUACCGCUUCAACAAUUGAUAAAACUAGAUCGGGUGAUCUGUAAAGACAUGAUUGUAUCGUUAUUUUGUUCGUUGAUCGAAGAAAUAACCGAGAGAGAGAAAUCUGAUGACUUCCGUCAGGCCAUCGUGGACAAUUUAAAAAGAAUUUUGCAUAAUUCAAGCGAGAAAGAUAGUUCCUUUAACGCCGUUAUUCUCGAGACAUUGCUACAAUUAAAUGUCACCGAUGGCGACCCGCGAGAUAUAGCAAAGAUUUCCAAGACAAGCCGCUUGGAUGUUCUCGGUGCUCUUCUCCUGGAACGUAGUUUGCUGCCUGACCCGAGAAAUGACUCACCCACGUCGAGCAAAAGAAUGCGAAGAUGCGAUAAUGAAGAGACCGACAAGUGGGUGCAAUUGGUGUCUCUCUAUAAAUCGCUAAAUGACGUCGAUGUUGUUUUGAGUAUCUUCCGAAGACAGCAAUUCUUUGGCGAUGACAUGCAGAAAGCGGCUUUUGCGGAAAUAAAUGGCGAUUGGAUUCAAGCAAGAGACGCCUACGCAAGCGCUUACGAACAAAUCGAGAAUCGAUCAAUAAAAGAGCACUGUUUCCAAGGAUUAUUCGAGGCUGUCCAGAAUUUGUGCGAUUGGUCGGCUAUCGAUCAACUUGUGAAAAGCCGCACGAACGAUGGAAAGCUGAGUAGUAUCUGGGAUGACACAUGGAAGGAUUGGAUGCUUCCGUAUGCUUUCACUGCUUACGUACACAUGUUGGAAAAAAACUGGAGAUCAAUGGAUGAUGAUCUGGAAGUCAUUGAAUCAUGGAUAAACGAUCGAGAUAAAUCGAAGCAUCUUAAGCAUUUGGUAGGCAAAGAUCUGAUCAUAUUUCUAUUGACGGUAGAGCGACAGGCCGCUGAUCUAUUGAUGAAUGAACUUCUGGACAAAACGGGAGAACAAUGGAUUGGUUUGAAUCCCCUCUGCAUCGAACGGGGAAUACGCGAAUCACUAAAAUUGCAAGCCAUGAACGAUCUUAACGCUUCGCUCAAUGUCCUUCGAUACACGAGCGAAGCGAUCUUUCUAGAUCGGUUGGUCGCGUUGUUGAACUUCUGGUCGUCGAAAGUACCCGCCAUUCAAGACAACCUCGUGCAGUGGAAUAAAUUAGCCGCUUAUCGAAUGCAUUUCUCAAUGUUAUUUAAAAACAUCUUCAACAAUAUGACAGAAGAUGACGACGAGGAUAGGAAACGCGCUAUCAUAGAACGGAUGCAUAGAAGCGGUCUUCAGCUUCGACUGGCCAUCGCCAACGCAGCGUUGCAUCAGAAACACCAAUACAUCGCCGAGAAGCAUUUGAGUUACAUGAACGAACGUUUAAGGAAUAACCAUCAGCACUUGGAGCUUUCGUGGCUCGAGGCUAGGAUCAAAUGUUUGUGUGCCGACAUCGAAACAGACGCGUGCACAAAGAUGUCGGAUUAUACCGCUUCCUGGGAAUAUUCGCAUCGACUGUUGAACGAGUGCAACGAGCUCGACACCGACACAAAUACUGCCGUCAGGCAGCACGUCGGUAUCCUCGCUUCGAAGAUCGAAUCUUCAAGCAGGGAGAACGCAGAAUUCGCAAAUGCGUUGGCGAAUAACUCCGCGAUCCUGCAGAAGAUAGGAAUCGCGGAAUCGACGAUCGUCGACUUGAACAACAUCCGAGAGCAUUUGUUGCGGUACAGCUUGAACAAUCUGCGAGCCUGCUGCGAGGAUGCGACGAGCACUAAUGUCGGCGAACACUAUUGCGCCCUGGCCAGGCACUGUUACAAUAGACUGAUGUCCACCGACAUGGACAGCGACGAACUUUUCCACGAAUUCCUGUUAUCCACCUUGAGAUCCAUGCGUUACGAUUAUCUCGAGGCGGCGCACUACUUCCCCUGUUUGCUGAGACCUGAACGGUUACAGGACGAGGAGACGCGUAUCACAUUUGUUCGGGAGUGCGCCGAGUUGCAGCCGUGGUUGUUCCUGCGUUGGCGGGAUCUGUUGUUCUCCCAUCUGGACACGCCGUCGAUUGCAAACGCGGUUGUACCGAUCGUCGAGAGACUCGCCGAGGCCUAUCCCGAUGCGGUAGCCUACACGUAUCACCUGGUGAUCGAGAGAAACCCUGGUAUUCUUCAGGAUGGAAACAUUCAGAGGAUACAUUCACUCUUGCGCGACAAAGUAGAAAAGUAUGAGCAGUUCCUGCGGGCGAUAGAGUACGUGGCGCAACCGGAACUGUUUCUCCAGCACUAUCUCAACGGAGCGAUGAGGGAUCUGUCGCGAGGAAAAGGAGCAUCAGCCAUCGAAUCGCUGCUGCGAAAGGUCUAUCCAAGCACACAGACAGCAGGAGUGAAUAAUCCUCGUCCGGGCAAUAUUUACCAGAAGAUAGCAAAAUAUGAAAGCGAGAUAAGAGCCUUGAAUCCUGACAAUCUCGACGCCACGCGAGAUGGAAUACAAAGACUCAAGAAAUCUAUCUUGGAGGAGUCUCUCUUGAAACCUCCAGCAAAAACACAACAGGCCAGCAAAUACUCAAGUCUCAAGAAUUAUAGCCCGUUCUUGCACGAGUGGCACAUGGGCGGAGGAAUCGAGGUACCUGGCCAAUACACCGGUGAUAGGAAACCCAUAUUGCGUUAUCACACGAGGAUCGCGCGUUUCGAGCCACGCGUGGCGGUCAUGAAAUCACUGCGCAAACCAAUUCGCAUCUGCAUGGUAGGUGACAACGGCAAGGAGUACAAGUUCCUGGUGAAAUUCGGUGAGGAUCUGACGAUCGAUCGCGGCCUGCAGCAGCUGUACACCACCAUGAACAGGACAUUACGCAAUGAUGCUAGCUGCAGACAAAGACGCUUGUCUAUAGACACAUACGAGGUGAUUCCGUUGUCGAGGUCAUUCGGUCUCAUACAGUGGAUCGAUAAUACGAAAUCCCUGGAUGAUCUGAUACGCUUCACCCUGUCCAAGAAAGAGAGCGAUCGAUGCGAGAGCAUUUUAAAGAGAUACUUGGAGUGGAUAGCUAGCGCCUCGAAGCAGCCUUCUUGGAUCGUCAACCCCAAUCAGUACAAGGAGGCCGUGGCCAGGUUCAGCUGUCGAACUGUCACGGAACAGAUGGAGCGCUUCAUCAGCGAGACCAGGCGCACGGCUCUUCGCGACGCUUUCGUCGCCGUUAGUCCGUCGCCGGAGUGCUUCAUGACCUUGCGACGUAACUUCGUCGCGAGUUACGCGACCAUGUGUGUGGCACAUUGGCUCGCGGGCGUUGGCGAUCGUCAUCUGCAGAACACCCUGGUGCGUGUCACCACCGGACGAUGCCUGGGCAUCGAUUUCGGCCACGCUUUCGGGGGCGGCUUGCGAGCAGCUGUACCGGAACUCGUGCCGUUUCGCCUGACGCCGCAGAUACUGGAGCUACUGCGACCUUUCACCGAGCGCGACCUCCUGGCGACGAUCAUGACCCACGCGAUGCGUGCCUUGCGUGACGACUGUGGCCCGAUUCUCGCUUGCAUGGAUAUCUUCGUUCACAAGCCCGUCAAUCGAUCGUCGUUGGACGAUGAAAUGAUGAGGAGUGAUGAUCAAAAAGAUGAUGCAGACUUAACGUGGUCGUCCAAGAGAAAUAUUGAGAUAGUUGCAAAGAAAUUAAAUGGAAUCCAUCCAGCAAUCAUUACAUUGAAGCAAUUAAAAGAAGCGCACAAUGAUGAAUACUUUACAAGAUAUCAUGCCAUUGUCAUGGGCGUUGACGGGAUCAAACAAGCACGAGCAGAUACAAGGAAUGAUUGUUUAACACCUGCUGAACAGGUGGAUUGUUUGUUAGAUCAAGCAAAAGACUUUAAUAUUUUGGGUCGCAUGUAUGCGAAUUGGCAAUCAUGGCUGUAACUCUUCUAUUUGAGUAUUAUAAAACGUUAUAGAAGUAAUAAACGAUUUUAAAAAGGCACAAGAAUCAUGAAAUAUAGAAAUUUUAUAUAUUUAUAUCAAAUAAGGAACUUUAUUUUAACAUGAAUUAAGAGAGCAAAAUCAUGGGUAAAAUUACAUACAAUAAAGAUAUGUAAUAUAUUUUAUUACAAUUUUAUUACAUAUCUCUUCUUGUACUAUAAUACAAUUGAUUUGAUAGGCAAAGUUUAUUAGAGUUUAU